AACCUUUUUGUUUCUGCAGGAGGGACAUUUGCACUUUACUCCCUGAUAUCUCGGCAUGUAAAGAUCAGCUUGAUACCAAACCAGCAGGCUGAAGAUGCAAUGCUUUCAAACUACAGAUUAGAAACACCAUCCAAGAGUUUAAAAAGAGCUCAAUGGAUUAAAAAUAAGCUGGAGAGCCGCAAAUCGCUGCAAAUUGGGCUUUUACUUAUCACAAUACUCGCAACUUCGAUGAUAAUUGGUGACGGUGUAUUGACUCCAGCUAUUUCUGUACUUUCAGCAGUGAGUGGGAUAAAGGAGAAAGCAACAUCUCUGUCACAAGGACAAAUUGCUCUGAUCUCCAUAGUUAUCUUGGUGCUUGUGUUCUCCGUUCAACGUUUCGGCACGGAUAAAGUUGGAUACACAUUUGCACCUAUCAUUGUUCUGUGGUUUAGUCUAAUUGGUGGAAUUGGGGUCUAUAAUUUAAUUAAAUAUGAUGUUCGGGUUCUUCGGGCAUUCAACCCGAAGUAUAUUGUUGACUACUUCAGAAGAAAUGGAAAAAAAGCAUGGACCUCUCUAGGGGGUAUUGUGUUAUGCAUUACAGGAACUGAAGCCAUGUUUGCUGAUCUCAGUCACUUCAGCGUUAGAGCAAUUCAGAUUAGCUUUACCGCAGUUUUGUUUCCAGCAGUAUCAUUGGCCUACAUUGGACAAGCUUCAUAUCUAACCAAAUUUCCAGAAGAAGUUCAUGACACUUUCUAUAAAUCAAUUCCAGGCCCACUAUUCUGGCCAAGUUUUAUAAUUGCAAUUGCAGCUGCAAUAAUUGCAAGCCAGGCCAUGAUAUCCGGAGCAUUCUCAAUUAUUCAACAAUCUCAAGGUCUAUCUUGCUUUCCAAGAGUAAGAGUUGUUCAUACUUCUGCAGAGUAUGAGGGGCAAGUAUACAUUCCAGAGAUAAAUUAUGCGCUAAUGGUUGCCAGUGUGUUGGUGACUGGGAUUUUCAGAAGCACAACGCACAUUGGAAAUGCAUAUGGUAAGAUAGAGAUAAGAAAAGUGCCAAAAUGAUACCCUAACUCUUUGUCGGGAGUAAUCUUAGUCGUAGUCUAUAACAAUACUAAUUUAGGCUCCAAUUGGGGCAGCUGCGGCUUAUUAAGAAGUUGUUG